AUGAGGCAUGCUCAACAACAUUUCAUGGCUAUCAACGGACAGGAGGAUGGAGCGCCAGAGACAGGUGCAGUAGCUGCAGCUCUCAUCCUGCUGGUAGAACGCCCCAUUAUUGUUGCGGGAAUCUGCAGUCUGUGCUUCGGCUCGCUGGUAAAGCAGGAGGAGCAGCGGCGUGGGGAGGCAACCGUUCACGCAAAAGGGAAUGGGACUGGAGGAGCAGAUGUUCCCAUUCCAUACCGCUACUCAAACCUUACCCGCAUCCUUGCAAGAAGCCUGCACAGCGACGCAAGCAUUGUACUGCUGGUGACAUUAAAUCCCGCAUGCACGGCUACUCAGCUUUCGCUGCAUGCAAUUGACUUCGCCCAGCGAGCUUCCUGCCUUCGGGAGAGACCCAUCAGGAGAGGCGGUGUCUCACCAAAGCAGUUUCUCUUGAGGCAAUAUGAACUCCUGAAAGAGUUAAGGAGAGCCGCAGAAAGCUUUAAGAUGGCGAGACUGUGUCUGCAGCAAUUGCCCGGAGCCUCGCUUCACAGUGCUGAGGAACGUCAGGAGGCUAUUCAAUUGCAUCAAGAGCUGCAACACCAAUUCGAGCUACUAAACAACAUCUUAGUGCGGCAAAUGGGCCUGCACUACUGCAUGCUACCCACAGGAAUGCUCGAACUCGACGAGGUCGAAACUAGAACACUCAGGGGAAAGCUAUCACAAGAGAAAAACGGGGACAAUUGUGCACGUUCAUCCUUGCCACAUGGGUCUUCAACUGUUCACCAAAAGCAGAGCGUCUCUGGCAACGAUUUGGAAAUAUUACACAGCACAACGUCGCAGCCACUCCGCCAUGGAGAGCUUACAUCUGAAAGCUUGGCGCGUUGUCCAGUUGAAAAAGUUUCUGACUGGUUGCCAUAUUGCGAGCGCUCACAAAAAGCACCGGAAAUACCUCAAGAGAAUAACUGCUCCUCUUUUUCAAUGGUAGAUGAACAGAUGGAAAGCCAAAAAGGCGUUCCUACUGGACGGGGAGCCGGCAUUUGCUCCGACGAUUCGUCUCAGUCGAGUUCAUUUAACUGCCUGCAGCAGCAAGAUGUUGUGCGUGAGAGACCGCCAGCAAACAAAGCCACCACCAGUACAACCUCAGUUAUACUCAACCCUUCCGAAGAUGGAUCAUCAACCGUCCACAGCAUGGAACGCACUAACACGGAAUCACAAACUUACUUGCAACAAUCUGAAGCGUCGUCACCCCUGCAGCGCCUCUUUCCCAGUACAGCAGAAGUUGCUUUGUUCUAG